UCGGUUAACCAGCGCCAACAAGCUAGCAGCGCAGCCACGCCGUCGUCAUCGCCGACGAUGCUUCGAGGCGUAGCCAACAGGUGGCGCGAGCUCCAUGGCAAGGACUCGUGGAAGGGCCUCCUGGACCCGCUCGACAUCGACCUCCGCAGGUCCAUCAUCUCCUACGGCGAGCUCGCGCAGGCCACCUACGACGGCUUCAACCGGGAGAAGCGCUCGCCGCACGCCGGCGCCUGCCUGUACGGCCGCUCCGACCUGCUGGCCGGCUCGGGCGCGUCGGCCGCCGCCGACUACGCCGUCACCAAGUUCGUCUACGCCACGUCGGCGCUGCCCGUGCCGGACGCGUUCCUCCGCCUGCCGCCGCCGGCGCUCAGGGACUCGGCGUGGUGCAGGGAGUCCAACUGGAUCGGGUACGUCGCGGCGGCGACCGACGGGGGCGCGGCCAGGCUGGGGCGGCGCGACAUCGUCGUGGCGUGGCGCGGGACCAUGAGGAACCUGGAGUGGGUCGACGACCUGGACUUCACGCCGGUGCCCGCCGCGCCGGUGCUGGGCGCCGCGGCGGCCGCGCACCCGCUCGCCAUGGCGCACAGGGGCUUCCUGUCGGUGUACAGGUCCAGCAACGCAAACUCCAAGUUCAACAAGUCCAGUGCCAGAGAUCAGGUUUUUGAGGAGGUGAGGAGGCUGAUGGAGUUGUACAAGGACGAGGUAACCAGCAUCACCACCACCGGCCACAGCCUCGGGGCCUCCCUCGCCACACUCAACGCCGUCGACAUCGUCGCCAACGGCCUCAACGCACCGCCGAGCAGCAAGCCGCCAUGCCCGGUGACGGCCAUCGUCUUCGCGAGCCCGCACGUGGGGGACCAUUUCUUCAAGGUGGCCUUCCGCUCGUUCCGCGACCUCAGGGCCCUCCACGUGAAGAACACCCACGACGUCGUGCCAGCGUACCCGCCGGUCGGCUACCUCGACGUGGCCGUGCCGCUGCCCAUCACCACCGGCCGGUCGCCCUACCUGCGCCACCCGGCCACGCUGCUGGCGCUCCACAACCUCGAGUGCUACCUGCACGGCGUCGCCGGCGAGCAGGGGAGCGCCGGCGGGUUCAAGCUGGAGGUGGAGCGCGACGUCGCGCUGGCGAACAAGCGCGUCGACGCGCUGAGGGACGAGUACCCGGUGCCGGCGGACUGGUGGGUGGCCAAGAACAAGGGCAUGGUCUUGGGCGCCGACGGGCACUGGAUGCUUCAGGACUUCAUGCAAGUCUAGUAGUUAAUUAAGCUUUCUCUCGCUCGAUCUCGUGCAAACCUUUAUGCAAGGUUUCAUAAGAGUUUCAUUCUCAUUAAAUAAAGCAAUCUUUUAAGCUUUGAAUAAUUG